CUAUGGAAAACGGAGGCAUCCCUGCACUUGUGAAUGGCAACAAACAAGUCAAAGUAAGCCGGAGAGAGGGUAGGCCUUGUCUUGAGAGAUGUCUGCUACUCUUGCACAGGGAGCGUGAUGUCAGCGGUGGCAGUGCUGUUGUAAUUGACUUGGUGGGGGUGAUGGCGUCAUUGUAUGCACUGGUGUAGCCUCCUGCUCCAAUAGCGAAGGGGAGACGGAUCUUUAGCCGACGCGACCGUGGCUCCCUUGGCCGGGAUCGAGCACCGCCGAGCCGGACACUUGACGCCUGGAAACAUGGAGGCUGUGGCCGAGGAGCUGCGGGCCGGCUCUCGGAUACCUGUCACUAUCGAUCAAAUAGUUAACGAUACACUGGUGGUGACGCUGACCUACCGAGACAGGAGCUACACAGGGAUAUUACUUGACUGCAACAAGAAGACUGGGCUUUUCUGUCUACCAGAAUUCACAGCAAAACCUGGGGACUGCCGGAUAUCUACAUCGGUUUGUCAAGAUGUCCCAGAAGUUCUGAGUGAGGAGCCGGUUUCCAAAUCUCCCAGCCAGGCUUCACACAGACCAAAGGUUGAAAACACUCUUCCGGAAAGCGGCACACCUACUGCACCUCUUCCCUGCCCUGUACCCACACCGGUGCCAGCUGGAGAGUCUCCUUACCCUCCUUAUUUUGAAGGAGCCCCCUUCCCUCCGCCCUUAUGGGUGCGCCACAGCUACAGCCAAUGGGUACCUCAGCCCCCUCCGCGACCAAUCAAGAGGAAGAAGAGGCGGACACGAGAGCCCGGCCGCAUGACCAUGAGUACGAUCCGCCUGCGGCCACGGCAAAUACUAUGUGAGAAGUGCAAGAACACACUGAACAGUGACGAGGACAGCAAAGAUGGCAUGAGCAACACUUCUAAAACUUCUAGAAAAGAGAAUGCACUACAGAGCGAUGAAGAUGCCGAGGACAAGGAUGCCCCUUCCAAGCUUUCGAGAAAAGAGGAUGUUGUCGCAGCCAAAGACGCUAAGAGACGUGAAAAUGGCAACAACCUUGACAGCAAGCGACUCAGGAAGGACAAAAGGGGGGACACUGAAGGGGAGAAGUUCCCCGGAGGUGACAUCAUCCCCCACAGUCCUGUCAUAAAGAUCUCUUAUAGCACUCCACAGGGCAAGGGGGAGGUCAUGAAGAUCCCUGCGAGAGUCCACGGUUCAGUCAAGCCAUUUUGUCCCAAACAACUGGUGCAGAACGGCGUGGGAGAAAACGGCAAGACGCCUUCCGACCCCACCAAGGAGCAGCGGCACAUUUUAGAUGCCACAAGGUCCGGCCUCACCGUGUCCAUUCCCAAACUCAAACUAACCAGGCCUUUUACAACCGUGGGUCAGGACUUGCCCUCUCCAAAGAUCCACUUGAAACCCCCCCAGCGGGAGGGUGAGGACAGCGUGGUCGAGUAUGAGGCAGAACUUGUAGGAGGCACCAGGAGACAAAGCCCCAGGGGGCCCGGUCCAUGCCUUCCCCACUCUGAAGACUUGAGGGAAGGUAAAAACUCACUGGAGUUGUGGUCUGGGAGUUCAGGAGAGGAGGCGGAUCACGGCCACAGCGACCUCACCCUCCUCAUCAAUUUCCGUAAGCGCAAAGCAGAUUCGUCUAGCCUGUCGGUCUGCAGCAGCGACAGCCUAGACGAGUCCAAGUCCUUCAGUUCCGACGGCACCUCGCCGGAGCUGUGUGACCUGGCGCCAGGCGAAGACCUGUCAGUGACCUCAUCUUCUGUACCGGCGCGGGAGGACUGCAAGACGGUACCGCCGCUUACGGUGCGGCUCCACACCCGCAGCAUGACGAAGUGUGUGACCGAGGAGGGCCAUGCCGUGGCGGUAGGCGACAUUGUGUGGGGGAAAAUCCACGGCUUCCCCUGGUGGCCAGCGCGUGUCCUCAGCAUCAGUGGCACCCGCAAGCAGGAGACGGCCAGUUGCGAGGCCCAGUGGCCCCAGGCAAAGGUGGCGUGGUUCGGCUCACCCACCACCUCCCAGCUCUCGGUUGCCAAGCUGUCGCCCUUCAGGGAGCUCUUCAGGUCCCGCUUCAACCGCAAGAAGAAGGGGAUGUACCGGAGAGCCAUCCUGGAGGCGACCAAGGCCGUGGGUCACAUGGGCCCAGAGAUUACGUCACUGCUAUCCCACGGCGACACGUAGAGGCUGAGGACCGAAGAGAGGUCGUCAAGUUUUUUUUCAGAAUUCUGGAUGAAGACCGAGGAGUACAUGCGGUUGCCAUGGCUACUUUUUUGGGGGUUGAAAAAUAGCCACGGUGCAGUGUUGUUGAGACUGGAGAAGGGCGCAAAAAAGAAAAAACGUCCAGGCAUCUUAUGGUCUAUUAUGAACUGAACUAUUCCUGCUUUUUUUUUUUUUUUUUUUUUUUUCUAGAUUUAAUUAUAUUUCAAUAGAGCCGAAUAACGACACUACAAGGACCCAAAAUGUAUUUAUUAUCUGUAACGGUUUAUUAUGAUCCACCCUUCUACUGCGACACUCGCAAAUCCUCCCCGUCUGCUGCUGUCAUCACCGCAGUCCUCACCGCCAGUGCGAGGUCCAGGCCUUCGUCCGGCCAGAGAAAGCAGGUGUCAUCUUCAAAGGAAUAACCCCCCCACCCUCUUCUCACACUUGGACAUGAGCCAUUUGACCGCGGUUUUAAAAAGUCUUACCCCGAAUCCUCUUAUUUCUGAAAAUGUGAACGGCUCCAUCCAGAGACGAGAGUGACUGUUCCAGCUCCCCACAGCAAUCAGUGUUCCAUCCUCGUAGCCUUCGGAUUAGUUGGAUCCGUGGAUGCAUUUAUACCGAACUCUAUUCCUCUCCAGAAUCACGUUGCCUCUCUUCCAUUUCACUUUUAACUUCAUGUCCGCAAUCUUCCCCCUCCAUCUCUUUAUUUUUCCUGAGAACUUUUUUUUUUUUAACAUCACUUUAACUAUUUAAAGCUUCAAGUUUUAAGAAGGAAAAAAAAGCACUUUAUCUGUACCUUUGGUGGCCUGCUGUAAGCUAACUGUCUUGGACACUAUUGCGAGAUUACGGCCCUGAUAGGCAGCAGGGGAGCUCAGAAGUCUUGGUGGUCGACUAUCCACGGCCUUUGAGAUGCAAACUUUUUUCUUUUUACAUUUAAUUGUAUUGUACAAAUUUGGGGACAAGAGACACGGAUGGUUGUGUACACUGUAUUCUCGCAUUCGACUUGGGGUACGUUUCUCGCUCAGUUCAUUUGCCACACACAAAAAUCCACGUUGAACAUUUCCACUGGAGAAACAUGUUUGAACAAAUGUCCACCCUAUGCAUUGUCAGUUAAAGCUUUAUGAGUGACAAUGGGGAGGGGGGAAAAAUAAAAUAAAAAAAUGCUGUAAGAAUACUGUGAAUUCAACUUGCUGAGUGUGCGCAAGAAAAGCUUGCUACUCGUCGGAGCCUGCAGUUAUUGAGUCAUCUGGUAAAAACAGACUGACCUUUAGUGACCUUUUGUGUUGAAAGCAGCACUGUUGGAGUAAGGAGACAGGGGGCCAGCGAAGUCAAGAGACCACAGCUGUCGAGCACACCCGGUCUGAAUGAAAACAUUAUUUUAAAGAAAAUGUACCGACCAUCGCUCAGCCAACCAGCCCAUCUCCCUUCCACUUGUCUGGGAACACUUUGUUCCAAUCGAGGCUGUAAUCUAGCCCACUCAUUGUCAAUUAGGGGAGGGGCGGGGCGCAGGUUACUCACGCUGGGGUGUGACUGUUUGUCGAGCUUGGCUAGUUUCCAGUGAGCCUUACUCAACAAGGAGCGGGAGAGCCUCUAUCUAUGUAUGUAUGUACGGCCGUCAAGAUUUUUCCCGGCGAAUGAGCAACAUGGCUGUCUACUGUUGCCCACGUUGGUCAAUGUUAUUGCCUACUUUUUUCUUUUUUUUAUAUGUA